AUGUGCGAACCAGUACCGGAUAAUCUCUUUCCGUACCAGAAACAUCUGAAACAACUGAAACGUGAACUCUCGUGUCUUUUGAUUGAGGAUAAUGACAUUGAAAUUUUCGGAAAACCAUUAGCUCAUACAGCUCAGGGCACGGUUUUUUUCGGAACUAUGGUACCACGUGUGAAGCAUCGUACUACUGAAAGAGUCUCGGUGGCGGUAAAAGUCAGUUAUCCGAAUCCAAUGCACAGUGUCGCUUUACUCGAUGAAUCGGCACGAAUAUGUCGUCUCUCACACCCACACCUCUCCCGAGUAGUUGCCAUUUCUCAUCUUUCGUUUACUGUUCUUCGACCGGCAGUUGUAAUUGAAUGGCUUGAUGGUGGAAGCCUUACUGAUUACUUUCAACAUCAGAUAAGAGAAAAAGAUGAGCGCGAGCGGCCGAUGGUACUGCUGCGUGAUAUGCUAGGGUUGCUGGCACAAAUCAGUGACGCUUUGAAACAUUUUCAUGAAGUUCUUGGCGAUUUAGCACAUGGUUCAGUGACAACGGAGAACGUGCAGUUGACGUGCAGAGAUCUGAAGCGGUGA